UCUGGCAGGAAAUAGCUAUACUACUGUACUAUACUACAACUAGAAUGAUAGUUUAAAAUACACAUGUAGAUCUACUAUUUAACCUCCUUUCUUGAAGAUGCAAAACCUGAAGGUGGUCAUAGUUGGAGAUGGUGCAGUGGGUAAAUCAUGUUUUCUCAUACAAUGGAGAACCGAUUCCUUCCACAGUGCAUUCAUUAAUCCUGGAUUCGAUAACCUCGUCAACAAUAUUGUGGUGGACGGAACACCAGUCUCUGUGUCGCUACAGGAUACACCCGGCCAAGAAGACUACGAUAGGCUCCGCUCACUUUGUUACCCCGAUACUGACAUUAUCCUCAUUGCAUUUUGUAUCAAAGAGGAGGUCUCAUUUGAAAACAUCAAACAUAAGUGGAUACUUGAAGUUCAUCAUUUUUGUCCAAACACACCCGUGCUGCUACUUGGGCUCAAGUGUGAUCUCAGAGGUCAAGCGGUCAAUAAGCGUGGCUACACUGAGGUCUCCCGCAAAGAUGCUCUGCAACUGGCAAAAGAUAUUGGAGCGGUGGGCUACUAUGAGACAAGUGCCCUAACAGGAGCUGGUGUGAGCGAGGCAAUGGACACUUGUGUGAGGGUGGGGCUAACAAGGGCAGGCACUUCCCAUAGUGUGGAGAGGAGACGUAGAUUCAUACUACCUUGGAAACGGCGCUCCCAAUCAUCCGACCAACCAUUUUUCACGAAUGCCUGUGGACCUUACAUCCCCCCGCCACCUCAACCACCGGCCAAUAAAAAAGCACCCGAGAUUGAAGUCCCAUCUUCAACGUUUGCCGUUGAGUGGUCAAAAGCGAUAAACAACCCAUCUUAUUCGGACAUGGUCUUGAGACUGGAGGGCAAGACGUAUCAUGCCCAUCGCUAUGUGCUGGCAUCUGCUUCAGAUCUGUUUAGACAGCUACUAAGAGUGACUCAGAAGGUUAAGGUUGACAUCCUGUGUGAUGGGUGGGGCAAGGCACGACUAAGGAAGGUUACCAUGGAGACAGUUAAGUCGGGGCAGCUUGAGGGAAUGCUUCACAUUGAAGACAGAACUUGCUUGGACGGUAGGCAGCUAACAGAGGUGACCUUUGACCCCUCUGUGGUGACAGAGCUGGCGCUAUCUCGUGCCCUAACAUUCCUCUACACUGGAGUGGUGGAACUCAACAAAGAGAGCGAAGGUAUCGACGAAACAAUCAAGAUUUCUCAGCUGCUAAAUUUGCCUGAGUUAGGGCUGGAAUGUGAGAAUGCUCGUAAAGGGGAGGAGUUUCUGAAUCAAAAAAUUGGAACGUGGUUGAAUGAUAGAAAUACCAGCGUCGCAAAACAACUAUUUCUCAACAAGGGACUGUUCUCUGACGUGUGUUUCCUAGUGGAGGGUGUGGUUGUCCCCGCCCAUCGACUAGUAUUGACCACACGAUGUGAGGUCAUGUCAGCCAUGUUGUCCGGAGCCUUCCAAGAGAGCACAGCUAACCAAAUAUCCAUCCCUGAUAUCCCAUUGGACACGUUUGUGAGUUUCCUAGAGUACCUGUACACUGACCACCCCCUCAUUGAGGAGGGGAACUCUAUGGGAAUAUUGGAGCUGGCCAACAGGUACGUGAUGAGUCGGCUGAUGUCACUCUGUGAACUAUACAUCUCCAAGCAUGUGGAGAGGGCCACUAAAGAUUCCAUUGCAAAGUCUGACGUCGACGUUAUAGGACUCCUCCUCUCCUCACAGCUGCACAACGCGUCUCAACUCAGCAGUUGGUGCCUUCACUUCAUCUCAAGCAAUUUCGAUGUUUUUAAGGGAAGCAAACAAUUCCUGCAAUUGGGCGAAGACAACCUCUCUUAUGUGGAGGAGCAUCGAUGGCCACCACUGUUUUACGAGACCGCUAUGAACGAGUAUAAGACCAAGUACCUCGAUACUGAGGGGGAGGAGUCAGGUGACCCCUCCAGGACAUCGGACAAUGGAGCAGCAAUCAAGAGCCACAAGAGACGAGGACUCUCCCGACUGUUCAAAUAGACUGAACCUGUCACUCUGUUUGUGUUAGCAUUUUGUGUUUCAUUGAUUUUUAUUCCAUGCACAUUUUUAUUACAAUCUGCAAGACGUCCAUAAA